UAUCUCAAGCCUUCCUUACUCUGUGUUGGAUCACCACUUCCUUACCAUAUGCUGACGGAUCUCACAACGUCAUGGGGCGAUCAAUUGAGUAUUUCCAACAACACGCCCAUGAUGCAUUUGACAUGUCUGGAAUGUGGAAUCAACAAGAACAACAGCGAGGAUAUGGAGGUGCAUCUGAAGCGCGAACAUCUGAACUGGUUGCCGUUUCAGUGUCCAAUAUGCCUUUCAGAAAGAGCGUCUGAUGCUGAAAUGAGGGAGCACCUACAUUCUUCGCAUCGAAAGAACAUGAAUAAGUUCAUCUACGUGGAUAAUGUGACUGCGAAGCGAUCGUUGCAAAUCAUGAUGGAUCGUGCUUUGUCGCAUGCAAUGUCGCGCCGUAUGAACCAAGGAGGCAGCAGAUUGUCAGACCUUGGCCUAUUCUGGUGUUUUAGUUCGGUAUUGGAUAAUGUGGCUGCUCUGUUCGCGUCAGAUGGUCGACUGGAAGAUAGCUAUGCCGACUCUUCCAGAAUUUCAAAGAAGCGCGUGCUUGGCGAAUGCAGUAAGUGCCAGAAACCAGUUACAGCGGGUGCACGUCAAAUGCAUAUGUUCUUUCAUCUAGCCAAGGAUCACGGAACAUUCCGUUUCCGAUGUCUUUUCGAAGGCUGCACUGUCGAACAUUACCGUAAGGACCAGAUGGAAAACCAUCAGUCAAAAAUCCAUGGGAAAAUAGAUCCAGACAUGAUGGAAGAUCGUUCUCUCGAACUUUUCCAUCGGUGUCAGGAAUUAUCUAUGGAAUUGCUUGGAACAAAAAACGGUAGCACUCCUGGCCCAACCGCAGCAAAAGCGGAGGCCGCUUACAAUGCUCAGAUUGCUGCUCAGAAAGAGAAGGUGAAUAACUUUGAUUUUGUCACAGUCCCGGACGAGGAGCACCCUUUAGAGUGUCGUCUUUGUCAUAAAACUAUGCAAAAUAGGAUACGAGGCUUUCAUAUUCUCUGGCAUAUGGCCAAAGACAUGGGAAUCAACCGAUAUAUUUGUCGAGUUUGUGGAUUUGGACACGACAGGUCGCAGUCGGUGCAGGUACACGGAAAGAAAGAACAUGGAACUGAAGAUGUUGUGCAAGACCGCAUUGGGGAAUAUUCUGAUGAAGUGAAGCAAAUGUCUGAAAAGUGCUUCGGCUUUCAAGCACUUUUCGCCCAAGAGCAUAAACGCAGAGGAAAGGGUCCGUCAGCAACGGCAACAGUGAGUUUUAAACGUUUCGCGUGCGAUGGCGAACUCGAUGACGCUGACGGAACACCCGAUGAGGAUCCUGAAGACGAGCUAGAGACGUUCGAGGAUGAAGAAGAGGAACGGGAUCCAACAGUUUCGCAAAAAGCACGAAUUCGUAAACGUCAGAGCCGUUUUCCAAGAUUUGGUUUGCGGCGGCCGAAGUCAAAGAGUAAGCGGACGGAAAUGGCGAGGUUGCGUGAGAUUAGCAUGCUCCUUGGAGGAGCGCAGUACUUUAAGAAAAAGCUCUCUGAAGCAGCUCAUUGUGAGAAAUGUGGAAAGAUUACGAAUUCUCGGAUGAGUGAGCAUGCCUAUACGCAUAUGGAAGAGCACUUGUUCCUGUGCCCACAUUGUGAAUUGGGUCAUCAAUCUCGCGAAAUCGUCAUACGACACAUACGUGAAUUGCACGAUUCUGAAGAUAGACCGGUCGAUAACCGACUGAAACAUGCAAAAGAUAUCAAGGCAAUGAUUCGUGAAUGUUAUCCCGCUUAUUUCGUCGAUGCACCGAUUCCGACUCAGCAAGAUAUUGAGAAACUGAAACAACAUAUGGGUGAAACUGCGUCGUCUAUAAUAGCUGGACUGGAUGACGAUCCCAGUGAUAGCGUUGAAGAUGAAGAGGUUGCGGAUUACGAGGACGAUUCGGCUUCGGAACCAAAACUUGUCCUCGAUGAAGAUGCAGGCCUCGAACUCGAGCAAGAGGACGAGGAAGAUCCCGGUGAAGAGGAAUAUGCCCCUGAGUGA